AUUGAAUCAAAAUACCUCAGAAGUCAAUAUUAGAAAAAUCUAUAACAUACGAUUCGAUGCAUCUUCAUCUCCUCUUUCCAAAGGUGAAAACCGCACUUUUCUAUGAUGUAUUCAUCAAAAGUUAUUCAAAAAACACUCACUAAAAAGUCAUGUAACCACGACACAUGCGAACAAAAAAGAUCUUAUCGAAACUUUAUUAUUAUUAUAUUAGUUGAAGUAUGAUCAAAUAGCAUAGAAAAAUAGAGCAUUCUUUUCUCUAUCAGACUAUAUACAAAGAAAGUCUCUUAAAGCUUUUUAUAAGGAAUAAACGUGCUACUGCCACUACUUUUGGAUUGCCCUAAGUAGUAUGUGAUCAGGGUAGUAAUUUUGUGUGUGCUUUUAAAGAUUUCGAGCCGAUUUUCUGUUACGGUCAUCGGCAGAACAAUAUUGUCAAACUGACCUUUUUUCAGAACAAAAGGAAAAAGAAAAAUGUUGGUGCCGUUGUAAUUGAUGCUGCAAAUAUACUUGAUACGACUCCACCUUCAACAAUAAAAGCUGAAGAUAAUGAUAAUCAAAGUCAUGGAUCUUCAAGCGAUGACAGUGAUUUAUCAACUGAUGAUGAUUUCGCAAAUGACACAGCUUUACCAGUUAUUAGAAAAAAGAAAAAAAUUGUUAAAGUGACUGUAUCAUCAAAAAAUGAUUUAUUAUUUUCUCAAAAGAAAAUUACGGUUGAUCAAAUUCCAACCUCAGCUAAACAUGUUCUUCAAGUUUUAAAUAAAUGUAAGAAGAUAGUGAAAUACGUGAAAAUGACAGGAAUUAACAAUGAUAUCAAACAAGAAGGUGAUGUUACAUUGCAUCAAUCGUGUAUCGUUCGGUGGUUAUCAAUGUCGAACUUGUUGGAGAGCAUGUUAAAAUCAUUCAAGGCAACAAAACGAUUAUUAUUAGCUCGAAAUAAACAUUCAUUAAUUAAUGAUUUAGAUUUAGCAACAUUAAAACAACUGGUUCUUGUUUUAAAACCAUUAAAGCAUAUCAUGACACUUGUUCAAACAGGAAAUUUGCCAUCUUUACAUAUGGUUUUACUAUGUACUUUAACUUUAAAACGUGCUUUAUCGUCAUAUACAUCAUUAGUUGAUUACGUAUCAAAUGGUUUCGUGAGCGUUUUUUUGAAUUUAAUCGAUGAGCUUUUUAAUCUUGACGUACGUCAUUACUGUGCAACGAUAUGGCACCCAAAAUAUAAGUUAUUAAAACGUUGUACAACAGAUGAACGCUCUCAAUGUCAUAAAUACGUUCGUCAACAAUUAAGAAUUUUACGUGAUGAAGAUAUACCACCAAAACCAUGUGAACCUCCAUCUGAACCACAACAAAAAAAAUUCAAAACAGUUGAUACAUUAUUUACAUGUUUUCAACAUGAUUAUGCACAUGAUAAUCUAAAAGACAAUCGUGUGGAAUGUGACUAUGAGAGUGAUGAAUACGAAUAUGAUACAAAUCAAUUAAACGAAUUAGAUCAAUAUUUAAUUAUGAAAAUUGAUAAAUCAUCAAUAACAAAUAAUUCAUUGGAUUUUUGGCGGUGCCAUACAAAACAAUUUCUCUUAUUAUGUAAAUUAGUCAAACGUAUUUAUUCAAUACCUGCAACAUCAUGUAAUGUAGAAAGAUAA